AUGAAAUUGCAUUUGUUAAAGUUAUGCCUUGGUCUUUUUAUACUAUUUAUUAUUUUUAUCACUUAUGUACGAUAUUUGGAGGAUAUACGAUGGAGGAUAUUAAAUGAAUCAUUGACUUUGAAACGAAUUUUUAACAGAUCGAAGUUGGAUCAUACAUCGUUGGCAUCACCACUAAUUGUUACUUGGACAAAAUUUUUCAGUCAGCCUUGGGCUCAACAUUUUGAAGCAAAUGUCGGUGGCUGUGCUUACCAUUGUAUAAUUACCGAUGAUAAAGAACAACUUUUGAAAGCCUCAGCCGUACUGUUUCACAUCCGAGACUUAAAGAAAUUGCCUAAAUUAAGAAAUCCGAAGCAAUUGUUUGUAUUCGUGUUACAUGAAUCACCUCUGUAUACAUUUAAUCACCUGGAUUUUGUGCCAAGCAAUUAUUUCAACAUAACGAUGACUUAUAGGCGUGACAGUGACAUUUAUAUACCAUAUGGUAUGAUGAAGAAAAUAACAAAUCUUACACAAAGAAAACAAGUUUGGGAUUGGAGUGAAGUAGUGAAGAUAGCUAGUAGUAAAGUACGACCCGUAUUGCAACUGGUUUCAAAUUGUCAAACUAAAUCGAAACGUGAACUGUACGUGGAACAACUUCGAACAUACAUAAAUAUCACACAACAUGGACUAUGCAAAAAUAGUAUUUGUGAUGAGAAAUGCGAAGUGAAAGAAGCUGCGCAGCAUCGUUUCUACUUGGCAUUCGAGAAUAGUGUAUGUCGUGAUUAUAUCACUGAGAAACUGUUCAAAUGUUUCCUCAGGUUACUGAUACCAGUGGUGCUCAAAAGAUCCAUCUAUGAAGGUAUUUUACCGCCUGGCUCAUUCAUUGCUGCAGAUGAUUUCGCAUCUCCACGUGAACUAGCAGAAUAUCUGCACUAUUUGUCAAAUAACAACACAGCCUAUUUGAGUUAUCUGAAAUGGACGAGGCAUUAUCAGAAAACAUUCGAUGUAAGCAAUUUUUGUGAAUUAUGCAAAUAUCUACACAGUGAUAUUGCUAGGACUCGGAUAAUUCCGGAUAUCAAAAAGUGGUGGUUUCAAGGGUGUAUUGAGAACUAUGCUGUCAACUUGCUCGAAAAAGAUAAAAGCUUUAGUAACUUCUAA